AUUAACGGGGCCAUGAUCGUCACCGCCAAGUUGGUAGCCAUUGGCCUGAGCCUCGCGCUAACGGCCUUCACCGUGUCGACGAUUGUCCUGGCCGUGCAGAAGUCGAACCUUCAGAGUGAUUUACGCGAUGCCCAGGAGAAGCUGGAUCUCCUCGAGGCGGGGUUUACGAGCACGGCUGCUCCGACACCCUCGACCACUGCGAGUCCUGGCCCCACUUUAGGUCCAGAGCCCACAGCUGAACCUGGAACCACUGCACCGCCGUAUCCCACAGCCGCCUCCCCUGGCACCACAACCCCUCCAGAAGAGAAAAUCGACUACCGACUGCCCGGAAAUCUGGUACCCACACACUACGAUCUCUAUUUGUUCCCCAACAUCGAAACAGGGGAGUUCAGUGGCCAGGAGACCAUUACAAUCACCGUUGUAGAGGCCACCGACAAGAUAGUCCUGCACUCCCUCAACUUGAACAUUUCCAGUGUGUCCAUUAUGAACACGGGCAGUGAGACCUUGGAGAUCCUGGGGACCACAGUGGAUUCCGUAAGGGAGUUUCUUAUAAUCCAUCUGAGUGAGCAGCUACCACAGGGCAGGGAAGUGAGGUUGCAUAUCGGAUUUGAGGGAUCCAUGGCCAACAAGAUUGUGGGUCUGUACAGUUCGUCGUACUUGAAGGAGGAUGAGACCCGCAAGUGGAUUGCCACCUCCAAGUUCGAACCCACCUACGCUCGUCAGGCUUUUCCCUGCUUUGAUGAGCCCGCGUUGAAGGCUGAGUUCACCAUUACCCUGGUGCAUCCCUCUGGCGAGGAUUACCAUGCCCUGUCCAACAUGAACAUAAGUACUACUGUCAACCAGGGUGCCUUCCAGGAGGUCACCUUCACGAAGAGUGUGCCCAUGAGCACCUACCUGGCCUGCUUCAUUGUCUCCGACUUCACCUCGAAGCAGGUGGCCAUCGACACGAAGGGCAUUGGCGAAACCUUCACCAUGAGCGUCUACGCCACUCCGGAGCAACUCGACAAGGUGGACCUCUCCGUGACCAUUGGCAAGGGAGUCAUCGAGUACUACAUUGACUACUUCCAAAUCGCGUAUCCGCUGCCCAAGCUUGACAUGGCCGCCAUUCCCGACUUUGUCUCCGGCGCCAUGGAGCACUGGGGAUUGGUCACGUACAGGGAAACCUCGCUGUUGUACGACGCCGAAACGAGUUCGGCCAGCAAUAAACAACGCAUCGCCAGCGUGAUUGCCCACGAAUUCGCACACAUGUGGUUUGGAAACUUGGUCACCAUGAACUGGUGGAAUGAUCUGUGGCUAAACGAAGGCUUCGCCAGCUUUAUCGAGUACCUCGGCGUGGACGCCGUCUACCCUGAAUGGAAAAUGCGUGACCAAUUCAUCGUCGGCACGCUGCACGCCGUACUCACUUUAGAUGGUACUCUGGGCUCGCAUCCCAUCAUCCAGACCGUGGAGAAUCCCGACCAGAUCACUGAGAUUUUUGACACCAUCACCUACUCCAAGGGCUCUUCCCUCGUGCGCAUGUUGGAGGAUUUCCUGGGAGAGACCACCUUCCGCCAGGCGGUGACCAACUAUCUGAAUGAGUACAAGUACUCCACGGCCGAAACUGGUAACUUCUUUGCCGAGAUCGACAAACUGGAACUGGGCUACAAUGUCACCGACAUCAUGCUGACGUGGACGGUGCAGAUGGGUCUGCCGGUGGUCACGAUCGAGAAGGUCUCCGACACGGAAUACAAAUUGACGCAGAAGCGCUUCUUGUCCAACCCGAACGACUAUGACGCCGAUCACGAGCCCUCGGAAUUCAACUACCGGUGGUCGAUCCCCAUCACAUAUACCACGAGUGCGGAGUCGGUGGUGCAGCGUGCGUGGUUUUAUCACAGCCAGAGCGAAAUCACUAUAACCGUCCCAUCGGCCGUCCAGUGGAUCAAGUUUAACUUCGAUCAAGUGGGUUACUAUCGCGUUAAUUACGAUACCGAUCUGUGGACCGCUCUGGCCGAUCAGCUGGUGGCCCAACCGAGUUCCUUUAGCGCAGGGGAUCGGGCUUCCCUCCUCAACGAUGCCUUUGCCCUGGCUGACUCCACUCAGUUGCCCUAUGAAACGGCCUUUGAGUUGACCAGGUAUUUGAGUAAGGAGGCUGACUAUGUGCCCUGGAGUGUGGCUGCCUCUCGAUUGACCUCCCUGAAGAGAACCCUGUACUAUACCAGCAGCUAUGCCAAGUACAAGAAGUAUGCCACAGCUCUGAUUGAGCCAAUUUAUACGGAUUUGACCUGGACGGUUGGCGAGGAUCACUUGGAUAAUCGUCUUCGUGUCACCGCCCUGAGUGCUGCCUGUUCCUUGGGUCUGGAGUCCUGCCUCUCGGAAGCCGGAGAGCAGUUCAACACCUGGUUGGCCAAGCCGGAGGAUCGUCCCAAGGCCGAUGUCCGUGAGACUGUCUACUACUAUGGAAUACAAUCCGUGGGAAGCCAGGAGGUUUGGGAUGCCGUGUGGAAGCUGUUCGUCAACGAAACCGAUGCCAGUGAGAAGUCCAAGCUGAUGUAUGGGCUCUCGGCCAUUACAACUCCUUGGAUCCUGCAGCGAUACAUCGACCUGGCCUGGAAUGAGGAGUACGUGAGGGGUCAGGACUACUUCACCUGCCUGACUUACAUCUCCGCCAAUCCAGCGGGCGAAUCCUUGGUCUGGGACUAUGUCCGCGAGAACUGGCAACGACUGGUGGAUCGUUUCGGUCUGAAUGAGCGUUACUUGGGCAACCUGAUACCCUCGAUCACGGCUCGCUUCAGCACUCAAACCAAGCUGGAGGAGAUGGAGCAGUUCUUCGCCAAAUACCCGGAGGCCGGAGCGGGCACCGCUGCCCGAGUCAGGGCUCUGGAGACGGUCAAGAACAACAUCGUCUGGCUGGCCGAGAACCUGGAGGGCGUGGACGCCUGGCUGGACAAGCAGCAACUGUAGGAAAGUCCGAGGAGGAAGUGCUCUUGCGACCAUCGAUCGCACUAAAUUUGUACUCAUCUAAUUGCCAUUAUAAAGCAAAAUAUGCCGAACAAGUGGAAAUAAAGAUAAGCUAGUUAUGGGAAAAACUGAAA